AAAACUGUCAUUUUAAGUCAUUAACAACUGCUUUUCAAAAUAAAGGCUAAUGCGCGCCAUCACUUUGUCAAAAGCCUCGCAUUCUCUUCUUCGCUACUAUCUCAUCCAUGUUCGUUCCCAACCCAUUUUCUCAACCCAUUUCCUCUAUGUUCGUUCCUUUGAAUCUCAAUCCAUUUUUUUAAAUACUCAUCACUCAAAACUCACGUUCAAUGAUUCACAACUCCUCACUUUGCUAUCCAAUCAUCGUCUCUCGGAAGCUCGUAACCUGCUCGACAGAAUGCCCCAAAGAAGCAACCAUGGCCGCGUUAUUCACUUAACUUCUCUUAUCUCGAAGUUCUCAAGAAUUGGUUUUGUUAAUGAAGCCAAAGCGCUGUUUGAAAUUAUGCCUGAGAGGAAUAUUGUUAGUUAUAAUGCUAUGUUGUCGAGUUUUAUAAACUAUGGGAGGAUUGGUGAAGCAAGAAUGCUUUUUGACGAAAUGCCCGAGAGGAAUGUGGUUUCGUGGACUUCGAUGUUAUGUGGGUUGCUGGAAAGUGGUAGAGUUCUUGAGGGAAAGAGAUUUUUUGGUAGUAUGCCUGAAAAGAAUGUUGUGUCGUGGAAUUCUAUGAUAGGUGGGCUGAUUAAGAACGGGGAUUUGGACGAGGCAAGGUUGAUUUUUGAUGCAAUGCCGGUCCGUAACAUAAUUUCAUCAAACACUAUGAUUUAUGGGUAUGCUGAGAACUGUAGGAUGAAAGAAGCUAGAGAUUUGUUUGAGGUAAUGGAGGAUAGAAAUGUGGUUACUUGGACUAGUAUGAUAGCAGGUUAUUGCAGAGCUGGUGAAGUGAAUGAAGGGUAUUGUUUGUUUUGUAGAAUGCCUGAGAGGAAUAUUGUUUCUUGGACUGCCAUGAUUGGAGGGUUUACUUGGAAUGGUUUCUAUGAAGAAGCCUUGUUGCUCUUUCUUGAAAUGACUAACUAUGAAAUAAGACCAAAUACUGAGACUUUUGUAUCACUUGCUUAUGCUUGUGCUGGAAUGGGAUUUCCCUGUCUUGGAAAGCAGUUACAUGCUCAAGUAAUUGUUGCUGGAUUGGAGUAUGAUGAUUAUGAUGGCAGGUUAUCUAGGAGCCUCAUUCAGAUGUAUUCAAUAUUUGGUAUCACGGACUUUGCAUAUUAUAUAUUUAACAAGAACUUGAAUAACUCUUCAGUUCAAUCUUGUAAUGCUAUGAUCACCGGCUAUGUUCGCACUGGACAGUUGGAAAAGGCUCAAUAUGUGUUUGAUAUAUCACCUAUUAGAGAUAAGAUCUCGUGGACUUCAAUGAUUGAUGGUUAUUUAAGCAUUGGUCAAGUUUUUCAAGCUAGUAAUUUAUUUAACAACAUGCCAGAAAAGGAUGCAGUUGCAUGGACAACAAUGAUUUCAGGCUAUGUCCAAAAUGAACUUUUUAUAGAAGCUACCGCUUUAUUUUUGGAGAUGCGGGCGCAAGGUGUUUUCCCUUUGAAUGCUACAUAUUCUGUUCUUCUUGGAGCUUCUGGAGCAACCGCAAAUCUUGAUAUGGGGAGACAAAUCCAUUGCAUGCUUGAGAAAACACGAUAUGAAUUUGAUUUGAUUCUUGAGAAUUCCCUUAUCUCCAUGUAUGCCAAAUGUGGGUUAAUAGAUGAUGCAUAUAACAUAUUCUCAACUAUGGUGUCUCGGGAUCUGAUUUCAUGGAAUUCAAUGAUCAUGGGAUUUUCUCAUCAUGGACUAGCAAAUGAAACUCUAAGGGUUUUUGAAGCGAUGCUGGAAUCUGGAUGUCACCCAAAUUCUAUUACCUUUUUGGGUAUUCUAUCGGCAUGUAGUCAUGUAGGCCUUAUCAGUAAAGCAUUGGAAUUAUUUAAAUCAAUGAGUGAUAUUUAUCGAGUUGAACCUGGUUUAGAGCAUUAUGUUAGUAUAGUCAAUCUGUUGGGCAGAGCAGGGAGAGUAAAGGAAGCAGAAGAGUUUGUCAGGAGUCUACCUUUUGAACCAGAUCGUGCUAUUUUGGGGGCAUUACUCGGCGUAUGUGGGCUCAGUGAGACAGGUGCUGAGAUCGCUAAACAUGCUGCCAGGAAACUGCUUGAGCUGGAUCCAAUGAAUGCACCUGCCCACGUGGUUCUCUGCAAUAUAUAUGCAGCAAGAGGUCUGCACAUAGCAGAGCAGAAAUUGAGAAAAGAAAUGGGAUUGAAAGGAGUAAGAAAAGCCCCUGGGUGUAGUUGGAUACAGCUGAAUGGGAGAGUUCAUGUGUUCAAGUCUGGAGAUAAACUUCAUCAACAAGCAGAUGAAGUUUUCUUACUUUUAUUUGGGAUUUCUGACAAAUCAUGCAAAAGUAUUUCACCCAGGCUUUGAUGUUGUUUGAUAGGAUGAUGGAAAAAGGCAAUAUUAGACCUAACAAUGCUUCUCUUGUUAGUACCUUCACAACAUGUGCGGAACAUAAAAUUAAAGGAACAAUCCAAGAUUCAUCUCCGUCCUCUCCGCUCAAUAACAUCCUUAAAGACAAUGGACCACUUGGUGGUGAAGUGGUUGUCCAUACUGCUCCAUAACUCCUAUCCAAGAGCUUGCACACAAAGUUUUGGGUCUGCAGAUAUUAGGAGUACCUGAUUUUAGUUUGGGUAGUAAGCUGCUCGCGAAUGGAUGAAAGUCGUUGCCUCUGUUGUCAGAAGCAAAGUUGUUAAAAGGAUCAGAAGGGAUGGAAGAGAGAGAGCCAUAGAGGAUUCAAUGAACAAAGAUUACAAUAAAAGCAAAGAAGACAAGGUGGUAGUGCAUGGAACAAAGGGGUCUGCAGGCUGGUAUUUAUAGUGAAGCAAGCAACCAAAAUAUCCUAGUUUGGCAAGCCUUGUCAACUUUGACAUUCUUUAAAUUAUUAUAUUAAGUGGAAUUCUGUUAGGAUUUUAUUUCAUCUAUCUUUGUACUUGUUUUGUUAUUAUUUGAAAACAUCCCUCUGACUUCUCAAACUCUAAAGAACUUUUCCUUCCCUGAAUGAAAUUUCUUACAAGCAUUUAGACAA